AUGCAUACUCUGUAUGUGGCGAUUACGGAUAGUUGGUUGUGUUUAUUCGCUUAUGCUUAUGCUUUUGCUUGUGCUUAUGCUUGCGUGGCGAGUGGUGGUGAUGUGGUAGUGGUAGUGGUAGAGAUUGUAUUCGAUAUUGUUCGAUUCCACUUAUAG